GGCCGGCGUUCAAGACUCUCUCUUCUCCCCGGCAACAUUUUCCCGUCCUCCGUUAGCUUAUCCUCCCCGCCGAUUCCACCUCCUUCUAAGUCAAUUAUUUUGGUGGAGAGAUGCUGUACAUUGUAGGUUUGGGAUUGGGGGAUGAGAGGGACAUAACUCUGAGAGGUUUAGAUGUAUUGAAAAAAUGCGAGAAGGUGUUCAUAGAGGCUUAUACGUCUCUUCCAUGUUUUGGAAUUUCUCAAGAUGGUCUUUCCACAUUGGAAAUGUUGUUUGGAAAACCAGUUAUACUUGCAGAUAGAGAAAUGGUCGAAGAAAAGGCAGACAGUAUUCUCUCAGUGGCUCUCGGAUCUGAUAUGGCUUUCCUUGUUGUAGGGGAUCCUUUUGGAGCCACAACACAUACUGUUCUAGUUGUUCGAGCAAAGAAACUAGGGGUUGAUGUCAAGGUAGUACAUAAUGCAUCAGUGAUGAAUGUGAUUGGAAUUUGUGGGUUGCAACUCUACCACUAUGGAGAGACUGUUUCAAUACCCUUUUUAACUGAAACAUGGAGGCCUGAUAGCUUUUAUGAGAAAAUUCAAAGAAAUCUCGAGCUCGGUUUGCAUACACACUGCUUGUUAGGGGAAAGAAACAAUAUGAACCCCCCAGGUUCAUGACAAUAAAUACAGCCAUUGAGCAGCUUUUAGAAGUAGUAGAGAAACAUGGAGAAUCUGCAUACAAUGAAGAUACAGACUGUGUUGGAUUUGCUCGGUUAGGAAGUGAGGAUCAGAUGAUAGUUGCAGGCACAAUGAAGCAGCUCCUGACUGUUGAUUUCGGCAAACCUCUGCACUGCCUUGUCAUAGUAGGCAAGACACAUCCUGUGGAAGAUGAAAUGCUAGAAUUUUACAGAAUCUGAAGAGAACUCGGAACAGAAGGAUAAAGGGAGCUUUUGUCACCUUUCUGGUUUGGUUAUUUUGCCAGUAGAUGUUGUAUCAUGAAAACAAAAGUUUUCCCCUGAA